CGGUUGUAAAUUAUGGCAUCAAUUGCAAGAUUGGACGGAAAAGUCGCUCUUAUUACAGGGGCCAGCUCUGGUAUCGGUGCAGGGACAGCCAUCUUGUUUUGUAAACUAGGAGCAGAAGUUGCCAUUACUGGUAGAAAUGUCAAAAAUUUGAAUAAAACAGCAGCUGAAUGUGAGAAAGGAAAUGGAAAGAAGCCCUUUACACUUGCUGGUGAUUUGACCAAUGAAGAUUUUGUGAAACAGCUUGAGAAGAAACCGUAA